AUGGGAGCUGAUAAGGAUAAUGUGGUUGUGGCAGUCAGGGUUCGGCCGUUCAAUGAUAGAGAGAAACAGAGAAAUGCCCAGCUUAUCAUUGAUAUGCCCAAUGAUACGGUCACUGAGAUUAAGUGUGUUUCUACGGUUUUUGGAUUUAAAAAAUAAGGUUUUUUUAAAGUUUAUACCUAAAUUUGGAAAAAAAUUGAAAUUUUUUGAUAUUUUUGAAUAUUAAAAAAUAUUUUAAAAAAAAUAAUUGUUCUACCUAAACAUGUUUAAAAGAACAAUUUAGAGACCCAAACAACCCAAAUGACGAACCAAAACGGUUUACCUUCGACCACAGUUACUGGUCUCAUGAUGGAUAUAAAUCGGAAAAAAGUGGAUAUUUAGCUCCAUCUAGCUCUAAAUACGCUGAUCAGGUAGAUUUUUGAAUUUAAAAAAAUAUUUUUUUUUGUCGAAAAGCUUGUAUUAUAGAAACACCAGACCUCCUGUAGCGAAUCUUUUUCGAAAAUCGCGCGCUCGGGGAUUUUAAAAUUGUUCGUUAUACAGGAAUUCCCGUGUAUAUGCUUCUUUUUGUCUAUUUUAAACGUUAUUUCUUCAUAAUUUUAUUUUAAUACAGAGAAAAAGAUCUUGUCCGGUUUGAUCCAUAUUUUAGCAUUGAUAAAAGGCGAUAAAAUAGUUAAAUUUGGAUUCAAAUUGAAGACUAUACCCUGUAUUCACGUUUGAUAACAGUUUUAUAAACUUUUCCUUCAUUUACAGGGUCUUCUGAAGACUUUGAAAAUUGUGUUUUUUGGAGAAAGUUUUUCAGCCAGGUUUCGUCAUAUAACUUGUGAAAGAGUCCAAAACUCUUGAUUGAGAUUCACGUUUCUAAAUUCAGUAAGAAAAGAUGAUUUAAACGGUACUAAAUAUUUUUAUUUACAUGUAGAAUCGUUUUUGAGAUCCAAGCGAUCUACUAUUAUAUUAUAGUAGACCAACUGGUCUGUGGCUACUAAAAUUAGGCUUUUGUUUAGUAUGUUAUUACUUCUAUUGUUAUUUUUUAACUUAUAUAAGUAUAUUCUUUAUAACUUUUAGAAAAAAGUGUUUGAAGACCUAGGAAAAGGAGUACUGGACAAUGCUUGGAAAGGUUAUCAUUGCUCCUUGUUCGCCUAUGGCCAGACUGGAUCUGGCAAAAGCUACUCGAUCGUUGGAUUUAAGAAAAACAAAGGUAAGAUACCAUAUUUAGCUUUAUUGUUUUAAUCGUAUUUCACAACUAUAAAACAGUUUUUAUGUUGAGCUUGAUAUUGUUAUAGGUAUAAAUCUCAAGUUUAAUAUUGUUUUAGGUAUUGUCCCAAUGGUUUGUGAAGAGUUGUUCAAACAAAUAGAGAAAAAGAAGGAAGAACAUCCGAAUACAGAGUACCAGGUAUCAAUAUCUAUGCUGGAGAUUUACUGCGAGAGGAUUAGAGAUCUGCUGAGUAGUACUCCACCACCAAAAGGUGGUCUAAAGUUAAGAGAACAUCCCAAGACUGGGUUUUAUGGUAAGUAAGGUUGUAUUGGAGCAACAAGACUUUUUAGUGCAGGUUUUUUACUACAGUGUAUAAUAUGGAUAUUAUAAAUACUAGAGAAUAUAAUAUGAUAAUUUUUUACUAUAAUAUAAGAUCGUAAAGUUCAAAAUUUUAGUGGAAGGUCUGAGCAGUUCUCCAGUCAAUUCCUACAAAGAAAUUGAAGCCAAAAUAGAGGAAGGCACCAAAAGCAGGACUAUUGCAGCUACUAACAUGAAUGCUACGAGUAGUAGGUACGUUAACAGUAAUUUUAAGUUCAAUUGAAGUUAAAAUUAAAAAAUUGGUUAUGUUUAAAUUGAGGUAAUACUUUAGAGCUCAUACCAUAGUUAAACUUCAAUUUGUUCAAAAAACAUCGAAAAAAGGAGGCGACGGAGCUACGGCCAAGACUUCUGACAUUAAUUUAGUCGAUUUGGCUGGAAGGUAGGAUAAUUUUAUCUAUAGGUUCAUUAAUCCUUUCGUUUUUUUAAUUGUUUGUUCUAUAUUGGCUUAUGAUUAGGUUGUUCAGAAAAUUCUGUGCUCCUAACCUCGAAAAUUUGCUUUGAAGGGAGGGGCACAUAAUUAUUUGUAUAAUUUAAUAGUUCUUUAAAAUUUUGUUUAUUAUCUACUUAUUCUUUCGCUUUUCACUGUUUGCCUCACACAGAUCCAUUAAUUCUUUCGCAUAUCUUCAGUGAACGUCAAAAAGAUGCGGGCUCAGAAGGUGAUCGCUUGAAAGAAGGCAUUGUUAUCAACCAGUCGUUAUCUACUCUUGGCCGUGUCAUCAAAGCUUUGCAUGACAAACAGAAUUCGAAAAAAAAUGUUCAGAUACCGUACCGUGAUUCUGUCUUAACAUCUUUAUUAAAGAAUGCUCUUGGUGGUAACAGUAAGACUAUCAUGGUAGGUUGUGAGGGUAAAAUACGAGUUAAUUAUUGGUUUUUCUAGGUGAGGGGUUUUUACUUUUAAAUUUUUUUGUUAUCUUGUUCAAAAACCAUGCCCUUAGGAAUACAUAAUUUGAACUCCUUACAUAAAAACCUUGAUAUUAGCUACAAAAGCCAUAAUUAUAGAUAGCAGCCAUAUCUCCGGCCGAUAUUAACUAUGAGGAGACCUUAUCCACAUUAAGGUUUGCCGAUCGUGCCAAAUCGAUUAAAACUCAAGCUGUAGUCAACGAAAGUGCUACGGAAAGACAGAUCCGAGAGCUACGAGAAGAGAAUGAACGUUUGGCUAAACUUAUCAAGAAAGGCGCUGUUGAUGGAUCAGCUGCUAGUGAGGUAGGUUUUGGUUUUAGGUAUACUAUGAGGUGUACUAUACAUAAGGUUAGGUCUAAUAUAAAAAUUUUUUUGGGUCUCCCCCCCAGAAAAAAUCCGUAGCGACGCCCCUGGUAGGGACAUGGGAAAGUUUUGUCGUUGUUUAGCCUGAAAAUACACAACUUUUUUACAUUUUAAAAUUGUUUUAAAAAUAUCGCAACAUAUAAUCAUAGAACUCGGAACCUGACGAGUUAUGAGGGAAAAAGCACAAAAACUAGUGUUUUUGCCAUUUUUAUGGAACCUUUCCUUCGACGAGAACUAUAUCUGUAUGUGCGGAGGAGAGCCUACAUUAUUCGGGUACAUUUUACAUAGUUUUACUUUCGUAUAACAUAUUAAUGUUUGGGUCAAAAAGCUUUAAAUAGUCUUAUUUCUACAAGCUUUUUUAAGUCCGCACAGUCCAGUUUUUAAAAUUUUUAAUGUUUGCACUGUGCAAGAAUUUUAAAAAAUUUAAAAAAGGUGUAAGACAGUAUAUAAAGCAGCUAAAUUUACUGUAGAUAACAUAAAGUAAUGCGAACUGAAUUAUAGGAUGAGUUGGAAAGCCUUAAACGCCAGUUGGCAGAGAAUCAGAAGGCUAUGGAAGACUUGGAGAAGACCUGGCAAGAACGGCUGAAUGAAGAACGCAAAAAGGUGGGUAAAAUACGUUGUUGUAAUCUUCUGGUUCUUAUAUUAUCUUAUUAUCAUAUUUUGAUACCUAAAAUUUUGACAUUUUACCGAUUUUAAGGUUUCAUGUUUUGCACGGUGCAAAAAAAAAUUUUUAUGAAUGGAUAUCAGGCCAGAAACUUUUUGACCAAAAAAUAAUUUUUAAAUAUUAAAACUUCACUUUAGUACGCUGGAGAAGACCGUGCGGAAAUCGAAGCCAAGAAGAAAACAACUCCAUACUUGUGGAAUCUCAACGAAGACCCUGCCCUAACAGAUAUGGUGGUGCAUUUCGUGCCAGAAGGCGAGAAUCGCGUUGGAAAUGGUCAGAAUCCACAGACUUCGAACAUUGUACUCAAAGGAUUGAGUAUCCAACCGGAUCAUGCUGUGAUCAAGAACAAGGACAACAAAAAGUUCACAAUUCAGAGUGUUAAAGGAGCUGAGAUCAUGGUGAAUGGAAAGCCUGUGGUCGGGGAGGUCGCGCUUGGUCAAAAUGACAGGUAAUGGUGAGAGUGGGAUGAGUUGGGUAGUAGAAGGGAUGUUAUUUCAUAUGGUACAAUUUAAAAGCAUCAGUAAAAGGCGUGGUACUUAGAAUUUUAAAUUUAACCUUAUUUUACCUUCUUUAUAUAUCUUUCGAACGAAAUUUUAAAAUUCAAAGUUAUGCCAAUUUAAAAUCCAUUUUCAGAGUUCAUUUUGGUGGUAACCAUCUGUACGUGUUUGUGAAUCCAAAGAAAGGAGGCAUCAAAAACAGUCAGGAGAUUACAUACGAAAUGGCACAGAAAGAAAUUGCCCAGAACGUUGGAAUUACUGGCGGAUUGAACAAAGGAAAGUCCAAAGGUAAAGCAAUAUUUUGCUUGAAAUGGCAAGAACUUUCUUUAAAAAACGUAAAAUGGCAAUAACUUUCUUUAAAAAAUAAAAAAUGGCAAGAACUUUAUUUACAAAACAAAAAAUUGCAAGAACUUUCUUUACAAAACAAGAAACGGCAAGAACUUUCUUUACAUUUCAAGUCUGGAAAGUCUUAUUUGUUAUAAAGAUUAUUUAAAAUGUUAUUCUUUUUAGCCGGGACGUAUCUGGAAGAAGACUUGAUCAACUUGUUACCUAAUGUCUAUCGUGCCAAUGCGAUGGCAAAAGAAUUGAAACGAAAUGUAAACUUUGAGAUCGUACUCAUGGCUCCGGAAGCUAAAGGACUGAGCGAUGGGGAUACUGAGGUAAGUAAAAUUUGGUAUUUAUACUGUAACUUUUUGAAUCUUUCUCUACCAAAAUAUUAUGCAUGUGUGUUUUACUUAUACAUAUACUAGGUUGUUCAAAUAAUUUUGUGCCCCAUUUCAAAGAAAUUUUUCGGGGCAAGGGGCACAUAAUUAUUUGAACAACCUAAUAUAAUAUAACAUCCUAUGUUUAAAGAACAUUCUUAUGUAUAAUAUAUAUCAUCCUAUUCCCUUCCAGAUCCUAGUCCAAGUGACAAACAAAGCCGAUGACACCACCUUCCUAUGGGAUCAGCACAAGUUCAUGAACCGCUACUACGGCAUGUCCGAGAUGUACCAGAAUUACAUGGAUAACGAUCCCAAAUGGAACCUUCCUCGUGACAAAGAUCCCUUCUAUGAAUCCACAGACUCUUCUGUCGACGUUGGCACGGUUACUGUAUUCCUACGGAGUCUGGCCUUCUUGGUGGAAGUCGAAGAAAACUACCCUAUAACUGACAUUCAGGGUAGUGAGACUGGUCAAUUGAGUGUGGCAUUAACUCCUUGUAACGCGAAUGGCAAAGAGAUUCUGGGAGAGUUUGUGGAAGAUCCGACUGAGUUGGUAAGAUAUCUUGUAGUAGGUGGUAGAAAUAGACUUUUUAAUCAUUGUUGAGAUCAUAGUGGAUAGAAUUUAAACGACAUUGUAAUUUAAACAGCCUUGUUUUAGAUUGGUCAAAACCUUGGUUUCAAAGUGAAAAUCCUGACUGGUCUGAACCUGCCUAGAAGAGUUAAAGAAGUACGUGACUUUACUGUAAAGAUUUGGUAGAUCUCUUGUUAUAUCUUGUAUGAUAUUGGAGUUACCCCUGUUCUUCUUUUCAUCAUAUUUUGGUCUGUGAAGGAGGGGAGGGUUUUUUAGCCUUAAGUUAAUUUUUUUUUGAAAUUAUGGUAAUGCCCUCCUUUGCCUUCUGCCCAUACUAAUCCAAAUGUUUCAUAACGUUUUAACAGACAUUGCUUUUUAUUUUCCUUAUAUUGCCUUUGAUUUACAGUCCUGGUGCCAAUACCGAUUCUACGAUCAGGAGGAAGUUGUCACACCAAAAGCCAAAGGAAACAAUCCUGCCUAUGCGAAUGAACAACUUUUCAUGUUCAAGCCGGUUACCAAAGAAGUUGGUUUUAUAUAAUUUUUUAUUUUAAAGUAGUCGAUCGAUAUUUAUCCGAUGUAAUGUUCAAAUGAUGAACGUAUUUUACAUUAGGCAAAAUUUACAUAAAUAUUUUUCAUUUCAAAAAUUGAAAAACAAUUGGAAAACGUCAUUAUAACAUGGUUAAUUUCAUUAGCCAUAUCUAUUCAUAAACCAUAAGCUUUAACCCCGAAACAAGCCUUUUUUGGUUUUACAAAAUCAAAAAACAUAAAAUCCACUUUCAGCUGGUUGAAUACCUAAAAGACAAAGCGAUUUGUGUGACAGUUUGUGCGACACAACGAAUCCGCGAGAUCGACAAACACACGGCAGAAGUGGUGGAGAAGAUCAACAACUAUCUGGACGAGGGAAAACCCAAAAAACGCUCAAAGUCAAAAAGUAAUGGCAAGUCGACGCGUCGAAAGUCGGUGGUAAAUGGCAAGGAGAAUGUGAAGAACGACGAGAACGGCAGUCUGAACAGUAGUGUGAACAGUAAGGAUGCUGUUAGUGAGCAGAACCAAGAAGCACGGCCUCCUGGACGGCCGAGGGAUGGCAGUAAAAAGUAGGUUUCGGGUGUAUACCUCUACUUUUUCAGGUAAAACUGUGGGUUUGUGAAUACUACAAGCUAAGAAUGACUUAUGUUCAAAACGCCAUUCUUUUUAAAUCAACAUAAAUCCAGAGUAAAUGUAAAAUUCGUACAAAAAUCAAGGACUUUGACUUGAUUUGUCCUAAAAACCUCGAUAGUAAACUCAAUUUUAGACGAGAAAAACGUUCAAAUUCGGCCAAACGAAGCUCUUCGAAGCCGCGCAGUGAAUCUCGACAAAGUGGCAAAGCCAAGAAUGAUUCGGAAAAGCGAAAAUCUUCAAAACCAAGGAAGAAGGAGUGA